GCAAUCAACUAUAGAAAAAUCUGUUAAACAAUAAAACAAGAGGAGGAGGAAAGACAACUAUCAAUUGUGCACAUAAUACACAAAAGGAGUUGUUACACAGCUUUGUUGCAGCCAUGGCCACCCAUGCAGCUCUAGCUUCUACAAGGAUUCCCACAAACACGAGGCUUCCAUCCAAGACCUCUCACUCUUUCCCAACCCAAUGCUCCUCAAAGAGACUUGAGGUUACUGAAUUCUCUGGGCUAAAAUCCAGUUCAUGCGUGACCUAUGCCAAUAAUGCUAGAGAGUCUUCCUUUUUUGAUGUCGUAGCUGCUCAACUCACCACCAAGACCAUUGGAUCAACUCCAGUGAGGGGAGAAACAGUGGCCAAGUUGAAGGUAGCAAUCAAUGGUUUUGGACGCAUUGGUAGAAAUUUCCUCCGCUGCUGGCACGGCCGAAAAGACUCACCCCUUGAUGUCAUUGUUGUCAAUGACAGCGGUGGUGUCAAGAAUGCUUCGCACUUGCUGAAAUAUGAUUCCAUGCUGGGAACUUUUAAAGCAGAUGUCAAAAUACUAAAUGAUGAGACCAUAACCGUGGAUGGUAAGCCCAUCAAGGUUGUCUCAAACAGAGAUCCUCUUCAGCUUCCUUGGACUGAGUUAGGGAUUGACAUUGUUAUUGAGGGAACAGGAGUCUUUGUGGAUGGACCUGGCGCGGGCAAACACAUCCAAGCAGGUGCCAAAAAAGUUAUUAUCACUGCUCCUGCAAAGGGUGCGGAUAUUCCAACUUAUGUUGUUGGAGUAAAUGAACAGGACUACAAUCAUGAGGUGUCUAACAUUAUAAGCAACGCUUCUUGCACCACAAACUGUCUUGCUCCCUUUGUGAAGAUCUUGGAUGAAGAGUUUGGAAUUGUGAAGGGAACCAUGACAACUACACAUUCCUACACAGGAGACCAGAGGCUUUUGGAUGCUUCACAUCGGGACUUGAGAAGAGCCAGGGCUGCAGCACUGAACAUUGUCCCAACCAGCACUGGAGCAGCCAAGGCCGUGUCUCUAGUGCUGCCAAAUUUGAAGGGAAAGCUUAAUGGAAUUGCACUCCGUGUGCCUACACCGAAUGUUUCAGUUGUUGACCUUGUUGUGAAUGUUGAGAAGAAGGGUAUUACAGCUGAAGAUGUCAAUGGAGCAUUCAGAAAGGCAGCUGAAGGGCCACUGAAAGGUGUAUUGGAUGUGUGUGAUGUUCCACUUGUUUCUGUGGACUUCAAGUGCACUGAUGUUUCUUCUACUAUUGACUCCUCCCUCACUAUGGUCAUGGGAGAUGAUAUGGUCAAGGUGGUUGCUUGGUAUGACAAUGAAUGGGGUUACAGCCAGAGAGUGGUGGAUUUGGCACAUCUUGUAGCAAGCAAGUGGCCAGGCACACCUGCUGCGGGGAGCGGAGAUCCGUUGGAGGAUUUCUGCAAAACAAACCCAGCUGAUGAGGAAUGCAAAGUUUAUGAAUAGACGAAGAGAGCCUUUUCUGAUUUGAUUACCACUACUAUCAAGCCAUUUAUUUAGCCUUUUGUUAAGGUAUAUGAUAUGAGAAAGAUGAAGAAAAUGUUCAGACAGACCAUGGUGUUAUGAUGUCUGAGGGAUGAUCUUCCAAGUUUAAAUUUACCUGCAGCCAAUAAUGAGUUUUGGCGUAACACAAAUUCAUAAAUAUCGUGAUAUAAAUUGAUAUUGCAUUUCUGAUAUCUAUCUGAUUUACAAUU